AUGAGUGGUAGCGCUGCCGCUCAGGCUUUUACAGGCGCCACGGCACAUGACCUUACCACAACCGAUACUCCGAUCGUCCCAAGCACAGAUUCAUCAAGUCCAGCUCCCCAGGGCGAUGACACGAUGACAGAGAAGUCCACACCACAACCGGCCCUGGUUACGAUACCCUCCCGGACGUCGUCUCACCAAAAACUCGCUGAACAAAGCUCUACUGUUCCCGUUGUACCAAGUGCGCCCAACGAGCCACCUCCGUCUCCCAGACGAGGUUCGAAGCGAAGCCUUCUGAGUCGAAGCAGAAACAACAGCAGAAGCAGUAGACGCUCUGCGAAAGCAGCUCGUGCUGGUGAUGCUUCCAAAGAGCCGGUGCCACCACUUCCACAAAGUCAUGCCUCCAAACCCCCGCAGAAAUCCCGUAGUGGCUUCUUGGCCAUUCUGAGCUGCUGCAUGCCUUCAGAGCCGCAAGACGAUACCAAAUCAGACGACCCGGAGGUGGCAGCUAAGAAGAUUAAGAUUCAGCCAACAUCACAAAGGACCGCCACUCGGCCACAAGAUCAAAACGAAGUCGUGGAAAAUGAAAAGGGUCUGGAAGGGAGGACGCCGGCCGAUGGGCCACCCGUAGCUGGCCGUGCUACAGAAGAAGAGAAGGUUGAUCUGUCAGAAAAGAAGGCCGAGCAAGACCCCAGACCGAGAUUCUCGCGGGAGGUUGCAUAUAUCGAAAAGCCCACUUCCGCCCCGAGCGGGACUGUCCCUACACAAGCACCUGUAGAAGGGUCCAGAAACACGACGAGUCCCGACUCCUCAGACGUGAAGACUACCACAGUCACUGUUCCCGAGGCUUCAACUAAGCCCGACGUCAGAGUGACGGCUGCGACCCCAAUCGAACCAGAACAUCCCAGGCAAACCGAGACGUUUGGAUAUGACGCCGCCACGGAACCGAAUGAUGUGGAAAUGCAAGACGCCCCUCCCACGGUACCAGAGAUUGAGGGAGAGCCUGUUGAUGAACCACCACAACCCGCAGAACAACAACCGCAGGUGCCUUUACCUCCGCCGCCUCCGUUGGAAAAGCGCCAGGAACAGGUGAUCAAUAAAGAAGUGCCUCCAGUGCCAGAAGCUGCACCAGAAAAGCAAAGUUGGCUUUUGCCACCUAUACAACCUCAAUUUCAAGGACGAAAAUGCCUGGUCCUUGAUUUGGAUGAGACUUUAGUCCACAGCAGUUUCAAGAUCUUAAACCAAGCCGACUUUACCAUUCCUGUCGAAAUCGAAGGCCAAUAUCAUAACGUGUAUGUCAUCAAACGACCAGGAGUCGACACGUUCAUGAAAAGGGUGGGCGAGUUGUACGAAGUGGUGGUCUUCACGGCUUCUGUAUCGAAGUAUGGAGACCCAUUGCUCGACCAGCUUGAUAUCCACAAAGUUGUGCACCACAGGUUAUUCAGAGAGAGUUGCUAUAACCACCAAGGGAACUAUGUCAAGGAUCUGUCACAAGUGGGAAGAGAUUUGAAGGAGACGAUCAUCAUCGACAAUUCGCCGACAUCAUACAUUUUCCACCCACAACAUGCAGUUCCGAUCAGUUCGUGGUUCUCGGAUGCGCACGACAACGAGCUACUGGAUCUGAUACCUGUCCUGGAAGAUCUUGCAGGGCCACAAGUACAAGACGUGAGUCUAGUUUUGGACGUGGCUCUGUGA